AAGUAAAAUUCAGCAAUGAGCGCUGCAACUGCGAUGAAUCCUUCAACCAGUUUCGGCAACAGUCUUAACGGCUGGAUCAAAUGGCAAUCUCCACCUUGUCAACGUACCACCUUCUUUAUCCCUCGCGCUGCUGCCUCUCCCGACAAUGGAAAAGGCAACAAAAGGAAAACCAAAGCUAAAAAGUCUUCUUCUCCAACUCCCGUUACUACAACAACCGAGUCUGUGUCAGAAGAGCAACAGACACCGCAGCAGCAGCAGCAAGUUUCAUUGAGUUUGGACGACGUGAACCCGGUGGGGUUGGGACGUAAAUCCAGACAGAUAUUUGACGAUGUUUGGAGGAAGUUUUCUGGGUUGGGGCAGAUAUCAAGGACAAGUCGUGCAGAUGAAAGGGAAGCUUUGGAUGCUUUGCUUAUUAGAGAAGGACCCAUGUGUGAGUUUGCAAUUCCUGGUGCUCAAAACACUACUGUCCUUGUUGUUGGUGCCACCAGCCGCAUUGGACGCAUUGUUGUCCGCAAGCUCAUGCUCAGAGGAUACACUGUCAAGGCUUUGGUGAGGAAGGCAGACCAAGAGGUGUUGGACAUGCUUCCUAGGUCAGUUGAGAUAGUGAUUGGGGAUGUGGGUGACCCUUCCUCCCUUCAAGCUGCAGUGGAAGGUUGCAGCAAGAUUAUCUACUGUGCCACUGCUCGGUCCACUAUCACUGGCGAUCUCUUUAGAGUUGACCAUCAAGGGGUUUCAAACCUUACCAAAGCACUUCAGGACCACAAUAAUAAACUGGCGCAACUUAGGGCGGGGAAAAGCAGCAAAAGCAAGCUUCUGAUUGCAAAGUUCAAAUCUGAAGAUUCAUUGGAUGGAUGGGAAGUACGUCAAGGAACUUACUUCCAGGAUGUAAUUGCUUCAAAGUAUGAUGGUGGAAUGGAUGCUAAAUUUGAGUUCACUGAGACUGGACAAGCUGUUUUCUCAGGCUAUGUUUUCACCAGAGGUGGAUAUGUUGAGCUCUCCAAAAUGCUUUCGCUUCCUUUAGGUAGCACUCUUGAUAGGUAUGAAGGUCUUGUCUUCUCUCUUGGUGGUAACGGAAGAACAUAUGUUGUAAUUCUUGAAGCCGGUCCUUCUGCAGAUACAACUCAAAGCAAAUUAUAUUUUACCCGAAUAAAUACAAAAGUUGGAUUUUGUCGGGUCAGAGUGCCAUUUUCAUCUUUCCGUCCUGUGAAACCAGAUGAUCCACCAUUGGAUCCAUUCCUUGUACAUACAUUAACCAUCCGAUUUGAGCCACGAAGACAGAGGCCUGUUGAAGGAUCAGCAGGAAUGAAGCAAGACCCCCGGAGUUUCAAGCUUAUAUUAGAAUAUAUAAAAGCUUUGCCUACGGGACAGGAAACAGAUUUUAUUUUAGUCUCAUGCACAGGAUUGGGAGUUGAGCCAAACCGAAGAGAGCAAGUUUUGAAAGCCAAGAGGGCUGGUGAGGAUUCAUUGAGAAGAUCAGGUCUUGGGUACACAAUAAUUCGCCCUGGUCCCCUAAUGGAAGAACCCGGCGGCCAACGUGCUCUUAUAUUCGAUCAAGGAAACAGGAUUUCUCAGGGAAUUAGUUGUGCUGAUGUGGCUGAUAUCUGCGUGAAAGCAUUGCAUGAUUCAACAGCAAGAAAUAAGAGCUUUGAUGUCUGUCAUGAAUAUGUUCCUGAGCAAGGGAGGGAACUUUAUGAGCUGGUCGCUCAUCUGCCCGACAAAGCAAACAAUUAUUUAACUCCGGCAUUGUCUGUAUUGGAAAAGAACACAUGAUUAUAGUGCAACUAUAACAUGUCAUCAUCACCCUCUGAGAAACAUCAUCCAGUUGGAACUGCAUAAACGGGAAGAUGGAAGUCUCAUGAUUUAAUAUCUAUGGAUGUCUGCAACAAAGCAUUAAUGUUCUCUUCUGCCCGUACGAUGUUUGUCCUAUAGGUUAUGCAUAGUUUUUCUUUCCUGUAAAUCCAUAUGUCGUCUGAUAUAGAAAAUGUGCAUGUAUGUAUGGUGGAUAGCAUAUAGAAAACGUCGAUUUUUUGAAUCUAUGGUUCCCUGUGAUGUAAAACAUCAAGAAUGUCGCAUAAUCCAAACUGAACAGCGUUGACAUGUUUUUGUGAAUGACAUGUGCAUUUAAGAGCCAGUGAA